AUGGCCUCGAUUGAGCCUUCUAGCUCCUCCUCAGGAGCGCCGUCAAAAGAUGUCGAUAUCGAAAAACUUCCCGGCGUCGAGGAGAAAAUCGAGCCCGACGUUCGCCGUGGCAGCGUCACUCCAACAUUUGAAAUCGCAAGAGCAAGACACAUUCAAAACAGCAUUGCACCUCUUCGCUGGUUGAGCAGAGGCGAAGAAUGGCUCGACGAAAAGAUGGGCGUCGAAACUCAGGGUAUUGACCGCAUCCCCGAAGAAGAGAAACGCCCGCCCGCCCUGAUCAACACUUUCUUCAUGUGGUUUUCAAUGACUUGCCAUGUUGGAACCCUUCCGCUUGGUGUGCUAGGCCCCGAAUUUGGUUUAACCCUCGGUCAAUCUGUUGCAGCUGUCGUGGUUGGCACCAUCCUUGGAGCUCUUUGUACGGCAUACACCGGCACUCUAGGACCCAAAACUGGACUUCGUCAAAUCGCCACAUCCCGAUAUUCUUUCGGUUUCUGGGGUGCCAAACUCUGCAGUGUCCUCAACGUGGUCGUCGGCGGCGGUUUUGCUGUUGUCAACGUGGUCAUCACAGGCCAAAUGCUCAGCGCCGUUUCGGACUACUCGAUGACAAUCGCCGUGGGUUGCGUGAUCGUUGCCAUAGUCUCCUACGUCGUUUCGGUCUUCGGCUUUGCAAUCAUCCACACUUUCGAAAAGUACAGCUGGAUUGUAUCCUUCAUUCUCCUCUGCGUCUUGAUCGGUCAGGCUGCGCCGCAUGUAGGGCCUAAUGCGCCUGGGUUCCCUGCCUCAAAUCUAGAAAUUGCGGGUUCAUGGCUGAGCUUUAUGGCCAUCUGCUUUUCCAGCUCCUCAGGCUGGUGUUCUAUCGCUGCCGACUACUACUGCCACUACCCCGCAAGCACAAAAUCAUGGAAGAUCUUCUUCCUCACUUUGGCCGGUAUCACCAUUCCAACUGUCUUCGUGACUGUCAUCGGUUCCUGCAUUGGCAAUGCUGCCAUCCUGAACGCAUAUCCGCCCUAUGCGGAUGCCUACAAUGGCCAUGGCUUGGGUGGCUUGUUGCGCGAGAUCUACCAUCCAUUAGGCUGGAGCAAAUUCUGCUUGGUUAUUCUCACUUUCAGCGUCUUGGGCAACAAUAUCGCCAUCAACUACUCCUCUGGCCUAUCCAUCCAACUGCUCGGUCAUUAUUUCCACGCCGUCCCUAGAUUUAUUUGGUCCUUUUUGGUCGCUUUGGUUGUGGCUCUGCUCGCCAUUGCUGGAAAGGACCAUCUCUCGGCCAUUGUCUCUGAUUUCGUGUCUCUGCUGGGCUACUGGACAAUCUCCUUCACACUUAUUCUUCUGAUAGAGGACCAGUGGUUCCGCAAGCGAUCUGGUGAGGGAUAUAAUCUCGAGGUUUGGGAUAUGCCUGAUAAGCUGCCGUGGGGUGCUGCGGCUGUGUUCUCGUUACUUGCAGGUUACCUGGCCGGUGGGGUACCCGGUAUGGCGCAAGUCUGGUAUGUUGGCGCUAUUGCGGCCAAAUUUGGACCUUACGGCGGUGAUGUUGGUAUCUACAUGUCUGGUGCCAUCACCCUGCUAUGCUAUCCUCCAUUGAGAUACUGGGAGAGGAAGAAGACCGGAAGGUAA